AUGAUACCUAUUGUCUCUUUGAGAGCUGAUCAAGAUGUAAAUGAAAUAUUACAAACACAGGGCAUAAACAGUCCAACUUCCCUGGAAUGCAGGCUUGUGUAUUGUGUAUGUCAGUUGGUUGUUAUACGUGCAGCUGAACUUGUGGCAGCAUUGUUAGCAUGUACUGUGGACAGAGUAGAAGAACAAAAGAUUGGUAUAGCAGUGGAUGGUUCUGUGUAUAAGAAUAUAGCACUGUUCAGAGAUGUGUUAGAAGAGAAAACAAAAGAUCUCAUUAAACCUGGAACAGACUGCUAUUUUGUGCCUUGUGAAGAUGGUAGUGGUCUAGGAGCAGCGAUUGUAGCCUCCAUGGUGGAGAGACAUUUACGCACGCAGAAAAAUUAG